AUGGCGGUCUUGCCCAUCAUCAACCAGGACACGUCCCAGCUAUGGCGGCGCCUCAACGACAAGAUCGAGGAGCCCAAGAGCCAGCGCAGGCUCAUCCUCUUCAUCGUCUGCGUGGCCCUUCUGCUCGACAACAUGCUCUACAUGGUCAUCGUGCCCAUCAUCCCGCAAUACCUGCGGAGCAUCGGCUCCUGGUACACCCACACCGAGGGCGGCAACAUGUCUGCCUUCGUGGUGAACGCCACCGGUGAAGAGGCGGCCGUUGGUGUGCUGUUCGCCUCCAAAGCCAUCGUCCAGCUGUUUAUCAACCCGUUCUCGGGAGCCCUGAUCGACCGAAUCGGAUACGACAUCCCGAUGAUGGUUGGUCUUACCAUCAUGUUUUUGUCAACGGCCAUCUUCGCUUGUGGUACAAGCUACGGUGUACUGUUCUUCGCGCGGAGUCUACAAGGGGUCGGGUCGGCGUUCGCCGACACAGCAGGGCUCGCAAUGAUCGCCGAUCGCUUCACGGAAGAGUCCGAGCGGAGCAAAGCACUGGGAAUAGCGCUGGCCUUUAUCUCCUUCGGUUGCCUGGUGGCCCCACCAUUCGGCGGGCUCCUCUACGAGUUUGCCGGGAAGGAAGUGCCCUUCAUCAUUCUGUCUCUCGUGUCCCUCCUCGACGGCUUCCUCCUUCUGUUUGUGAUGCAGCCUGUCAAGCAGCAAAUGCGCGCCAUGGGCAUGGAACGCCCCAAGGGCACGCCCAUAUGGCGCCUCUUCAUCGAUCCUUACAUCGCCUGCGCCGCCGGAGCGCUGAUGAUGUCCAACGUGUCGCUCGCCUUUCUGGAACCCACCAUCUCUAUAUGGAUGAAAGAUAACAUGCACGUGGAUGACUGGCAGAUCGGCCUCAUCUGGCUUCCGGCCUUCUUCCCCCACGUUGCUGGAGUCUACCUCACGGUUCGGCUGGCUCGCCAGUACCCGCAGUAUCAGUGGGCCAUGGCCUGCUUCGGGCUGGCCCUCGAAGGCCUCAGCAGUUUCAUUGUUCCUUUUGCACGCUCUUACUGGGUCCUCAUUCUUCCACUAUCGGGAAUCUGCUUUGGCAUCGCUCAGGUGGACACGUCACUUCUACCCACGCUCGGAUACCUCGUGGACGUGCGCUACGUGUCCGUGUACGGCUCCAUCUACGCCAUCGCCGACAUCUCUUACUCGCUCGCCUAUGCCAUCGGUCCCAUCAUAGCCGGUGGCAUCGUUGAGAGCAUCGGAUUUACAGCACUCAACAUUUUCAUCGCUCUAUCCAACCUCCUCUACUGUCCGUUGCUCAUGUCACUGCGACGCAUCUACGAUUACAAGCCGUUCGAGAGCGAAGCCAACAUAUUAAUGCAGGACCCGCCGGCCAAGGAGUACCAGACGUACCAGCUCCAGGACGGCACCGCGAUGCCUCUUCCGGUCAAUAACCACGUGCAGCAGACGUCCUUCAUGGAGGGCACGACGCCCGUGCAGACACAACAAGGCGUGGUCAAACCAAACAACCAAGCGCAGCAACAGAGGCCUCCCCAUAAGCGACCUGCAGCUAAGAAGCACGUUCGUGUGAGGGGUUACAGGUCUUCUGACAUGGAGAUGAUGAUCACCAGUUCCGAAGAGGACGAGGGGGAUCUUCAGUGA